UUUCUCUGUUCUUCCGUGUUUUGUGCCCCGUGGCGUUUAGUUCUCACGUUUGUUUUGUGGAAAUAAUGAUUAUUCUCACAAUUUAACACAGUAAACAUUAGCAUAGCUACCAAGGUGAGCGAACUGCGUAGUUAUUGCGUUAACUUCUAUAAAUGAAAUAACUUCUACAGGAGCUUUUCUGACAGCAUCCGGCAAUUAGCUGUUCCUAAAACAAGCUGCUGCUGCCUCUCUGUUCACGGAGAGCUGCUGGCGCUGUUUAACGCCAUCCAAAUGAACAGCUUCGGUGUUACGGCGUGUAGGAUUGUAAUAUGGUUAAUAUUUUGAAUUUAAAGUAAUUUAUGGAAUUUUCUUUUUCGAACGGUUGGACAGUCUGCUGCUGAAAUCUGCUGACGCCCGCGUUUUCUCGGUCGCUGUACUUUGCUUGUGGUCGAGGUGAACGAACCGGAUUGGCGACGACGCAUUGCAUAUUUCUAAAGAAUCUGAAUAUUAACAACAGACUCUCCUAGAAAUGCAUCAUGACUGCAAGAGAUGUGUGACUUCCCUGCACUGUACACUUGCAGUUUCCCUUUUAUGUGGCAAUUGUAUAACUGUGUGUUGCAUGAAGUCCAUGUAGAUGUGUAAUGGAUUUAUUCCAUCUAUAUGUAAAGUGAGGAUUUGCCAUAACAGAAAUGAAGAGGCGUGGUUGAUCGACAGCACCCAGUCUCUUCGCUAUGCCCAGGCGAGGGCUGCCUCUGCAGGGCCGGAUGUAAGUCAUGUGUUGCCUGGCCUUGGAGGAGAGCCUUAUGGGAAAGAAUAUUAUCAGGCCCUGCUGCAGGAGCAAGAGGAGCGGCACCUUAGUCGAGCUGCCAGCCUCAAGAGACAGAUCGCACAGCUCAAGCAGGAGCUGCAGGAGAUGAAUGACAAGCUGAAGACCCUGCAGGAGAAGAAAGAGAGCCCUGGACCACAGGGCCUGGUUGACGGCAAAGAUCAGGAACCGAGUGACCUCCUUGAAUUUUUGCAUUCUCAGAUUGAUAAGGCGGAGGUGAGUACUGGGGCAAGGAUACCCAGUGAGUAUGCUUUAGUGCCCUUUGAGAGCUUCACCACUACUAAGGUUUACCAGCUGGAGAUGGGCCUGACUCGGCAUCCCGAGGAAAAGCCUGUACGCAAAGAUCGGCGAGAUGAGCUGGUAGAGGUAAUUGAGGCAGGCCUUGAUGUUAUUAACAACCCUGAUGAAGAGGAUGGUCAGGAGGAUGACAUGCCCAUGCAAAGACAGACUUUCACAGAGAGCCAUUUUGUAGAGGGGCUUUACAGGACUGAGCGAGACAAAGGCACACUGUAUGAACUUUACUUUGCAAAGGAGAAUUCUCAUGAAUUCCGUCACGUCACUCUCUUCCGUCCCUUUGGUCCCCUGAUGAAAGUCAGGAGCACAUCUGUGGACACAGCCAGCACAAUCAUUAAUAUUAUAGUGCCUCUAUCAGGCAGAACUGAAGCUUUUGUUCAGUUCCUACACAACUUCAGGGAGGUUUGUAUACUGCAAGACAAGCGAGUGCAUCUUACGGUAGUCUACUUUGGAGAAGAGGGUUUGCAAGAGGUGAAGUCAUCCUUACGAAAAAUGUCCAGUGAGGAGAGCUUCACCAAUUACACUCUUAUCCCUGUGGAUGAGGAGUUUUCCCGUGGAAGAGGGUUGGACAUUGGUGCUCAUGCAUGGACGAAAGGGAGUGAUGUGUUGAUGUUCUUCUGCGAUGUAGAUAUUUACUUCACACUUGAAUUUCUCAGCACGUGUCGUCUGAAUACAACUCCAGGCAAGCGAGUCUUCUAUCCGGUAGUUUUUAGUCUGUACAAUCCUUCCAUAGUAUAUGGAAACCUUGAAUUGCUUCCACCCAUUGAACAUCAACUGAUUCAUAAAAAAGAUGCUGGGUUCUGGAGGGACUUUGGAUUUGGAAUGACAUGUCAGUAUCGAUCUGACUUCCUCAACAUUGGAGGAUUUGAUCUUGAAGUGAAAGGUUGGGGAGUAGAAGAUGUCCACUUAUACAGAAAGUAUCUGCGGAGUGACCUGAUAGUGAUGCGCACUCCUGUAUCAGGUCUCUUCCACCUAUGGCAUGAGAAGCUGUGUGCAGAUGAGCUGACUCCAGAACAGUAUCGUAUGUGCAUCCAGUCAAAGGCCAUGAAUGAAGCCUCUCACUCUCACUUGGGCAUGUUGGUGUUUCGUGAGGAAAUAGAAAAUCACCUUCGCAAACAGGCCUACAAGACUCAGAGCAGGGCAGAGGAUUGAGGCGGUUGUUGAACCUGCUGAAAAGUAAGCACACUGUGUCGGUGGACUGCUGUUGUGCGAAAUAGCCAAUUGAGAUUCGUCCAGAUAUUGUUAGAUCAAUAUUCUGUCUGAACUAAUGCAAAAAAUCUAUCUGAAAUAAUCCACGGAGUAAAAAUUAACCCUAGGAUCCACAGACAGACAAAAUAGGGAUGUGAAACCAUAUGUAUGGAAGUAUUUUAUAUGGACUUUUGAAAAAUGUGGACUUGACAAGGGGAUUUCUCUGCUGAAAUCUCUAUAACUGCUCAGUUUACUUUUGUUAAAAUGGAUUUAUUGGUGUUAAUGGAUGUAAAAAGACUGUUGCUGUUGGUGCUUUUAUAAUCCAGCACAUUGUACUUGGCCUAAUAUAGGCAACUAUCAGUUCCUUACUCAUUUUUUUUCUUUUUUUUUUUUUUUAAAUUUUUUCUUAAUGGAGCCAUACUGUUACUUUUUUGUUGUUAAAAAAUGCGCUGUGAAAAAGGGGCCAGAGUUUGUAAAUGUUGAUGCAGCUGAAAGAGACAAUCAGAGUGGAUGUUAUCAAAAAAUUAUUUUGAAGGAACAAGUCAACUAGUAACUGUUUUUUGUAUUGAACUUCCUCAACCCUUUUUUCUGUAUUGUUUUUGAGCAUGACCAAUGACAAUUCAGCAAGUGUCAAUUUUAGCCUUUGCACUGUGCUUAAUGACACCAUUUACUGUCACUUGUUUUAGUUCACCGAACUGUAGAUAGUCAAAUCUUUGACUUAUCAAUUCCUUAAAGCUGGUUUAGAAUCUAGAAAGUGAUUCUCACAAAUCACUUAGUUUCCAGUGAGGAUAUGUCCUCAGCUUCAUACAGUGAACAAUAAAGGGACGUAAACAGGACGGACAGCUAUAGUCUGAAAUGGAACUGCAUGUUACAAUGGUGAAUUUCUCACAAUUAAAAAAAAAAAAAAACAAUAAAUGAAGAGCAGGAUGCCU